AAGCUAUCAAACGGAUUGUAUAUGAAUGCGUGUAAAUUAAUGGUAAUAGGGAGCAAUAGAUUAUUUAGCGAAGCAAGUCGUUGCCAGGGGUCGGUACUAUCAAGGCACUCCUACAAAGCAGGAGCGGCUACAGAGAAAGAAUGUCUCAGCAUAGACAUUGGCUAUGAGAAGUAUUUACGAGCACGCAUUGUUCAUUCAUUCAACAACGGUUUUUAUGAGAAGAACGCUUGUUUGCCGAAAUCUAGAAACACUAGGAGGACUAUGGUAAGAAGAGUUGAACGAACUGCACAAAAUUUAUGCGUACAAGACUUUCAUGAAUUUGAACGAUGAGCAAGAAUGUGUGGACACGGUAUGUAAUGCGCUAAUCUGAGAGAAAAGUCAAUUGCUACUUUUUGGAUUUUGGCAGCGACUAGUAAAUAAAUUUGUUUCUUACUUACACUUGUUCAGCGUAAAU